AGAGCUACAGAUUCGUAUUGAGAAUCAUACUCUUCCGAGCAAUCAACUAGUCUACAGGUUCCACUUAUAUCCAACAAUCAUGAAGUGCAUCGCAGUUGUAGUCAUGAUGGCCCUUGCCAUUGCCGCUGACGCGUCCUACGCCCCAUCGGUCUACGCCCAUCACGGAUAUGGUUAUGCUGCUGCUCCAUAUGCGACCUACGCUUCUCAACAUGGACCAACCGUUGUUCAAUCCAAUGAUCAUCACAGCUGGGCUCAACAAGCCUAUGCUCAUCCUUAUCAAGUAGCUGCCUACAACUCGUAUCCCCAGUACGUCCCAGCUGCCGUCACUGCCUACGAUAGCCACUGGGAUCAUCAUCAUCAAGUUCCAGCUGUGGCCUUUGCUGCUCCAGUGCAUCACUCCGCUUCGUAUGUGGCUGCCAACCGUGGAGCCGUACACAAGGCCCCACUCCCCGGACACAUCGUCAACCAGAAGUCUCUGAAUCUGGCUCCAGCUCCAGGAACUUGGUAAAAUUAUGGACCAAAUGAUAUCAAACAGGAAUUUUGAAAUUGCAAAUAUACAACAAUCGCAGCAAA